CAUUAGGACACGGUACUCAGAAGCUGGUAUUUGGAAGUGAAUAGAAGGGAAAAGAAAGAAGCAAAAAGAAAAAAGAGGGAUAAGGAAUUAGGGUUAGGGUUAGGGUUGUUGAAUCAAGAUGCCGAAGAACAAGGGAAAGGGAGGGAAGAACAGGAAGAGGGGGAAGAACGAAGCGGACGACGAGAAGAGAGAGCUGGUGUUCAAGGAGGACGGCCAGGAGUACGCGCAGGUCCUCCGCAUGCUCGGCAACGGUCGAUGCGAGGCCAUGUGCAUCGACGGCACCAAGCGUCUCUGCCACAUCCGCGGCAAGAUGCACAAGAAGGUCUGGAUCGCCGCCGGCGACAUCAUCCUCGUCGGACUCCGCGACUACCAGGACGACAAGGCUGACGUCAUCCUCAAGUACAUGCCUGACGAGGCCAGACUCCUCAAGGCCUACGGCGAGCUGCCUGACACCACUCGCCUCAACGAGGGCAUCGGCGCCGGCUUGGACGAGGAGGACGACGCCACCGCCAACGACUACAUCGAGUUCGAGGAUGAGGAUAUUGAUAAAAUCUAAUCCUCUUAUCCUAUUUCUCUAUCUACUAUUUCUAUUUUCCUUGUUCGACUUCUGUUUUAUGCGCAAUAACUCAUACAUAUUUCCCAUUUCGCUACUGCUGCUCCAUAUUUUAUAUGCGUGUUUUUAAUUAGAGAUUGUUCGUUCCAAAUAUAAUUGGGGGAAAAAAUUUAAGGGAUUGCUCUCGUGUUUUUCUCCUUUGCUUCUGAUAAUUGUGGUGCUGAUAUAGGGAUUGUUGAUUGAAUUGUUUCUCUUGAUUCGAUAUUUAACCGUGAUUACAAUGAAUGGAGUUUAGGGGAUUGAAGGACAUUUCGUCCCCACAUAUUC